AUGGCUCCAGACAACUACCACUUCAAGGGCACCCCCUGCACCACCCUCUCAGUCCACAGAGCAUCCCACGACAACGUCGCUAACGAUGUCCCCACAAGAUUCGAGCUCUUCCUCCUCGGCGACGGCGAGAAGAAAGUAACCUGGGCCCCCGAAACCCGUGUCCCCGACGCAGCAGUCUUCACCUUCAACAAGGAAGACCACACCCUCGCCAACCUCCUCCGCGCCAAACUCGCAAAGUCGCCCAACAUUCUCUUCUCCGCCUACAAAGUCCCUCACCCUCUGUUCGCUACCUUUGAAUUGCGCGUCCAGACCGAUGGAUCCCUCACACCCAAAGAUGCCAUCAUCAGAGCCUGUGGAGACUUGAUUCAAGAGCUGCAGAGAUUGGAUCAGGAGUUCACCAAGGAAUGGGAACUCAAGAAGAUCGCUGGUCAAGGCCGUGAUGGACUUUGA